UGCCUUCAAUGUCUCGCGCUGCUCAGUUGGACGAGCUCGAGGCGCUUUUGCAAGAUGAGCAGACUGGCCGAGCAGCGUCAUCGUCGCCAUUGCUAUUGGACAUUCACUCGAGCAACCCUGAAGCUGUAGCCGAAGCCGACGCUGACGGAGGAGGAGUUGCCGCGGCAAUGACAGACUGCCUCGCGCGCUGGAUGUCGCGACCAGAGUCGUCGCAGCCAGGGUCAGCCACCGCACUCGCGCGGCUGCUCCUCUGCUCUGGAUCUCCACGACGCGUACGGAGGCUUCUGACGCAUCUGGGACGCCAGCACGCGCAGGUGGCGGCGGGAUCGACCCUCCAAGCGCUGGCCGCUCGGUUGCAAUGCGUACCGUUGCCCGAUCUCCUGCUGCUGCUCGUCGACUCGCUGGGUCGAUCAUCCGUAGAAGCAAGUCAUUCUGAAUCCAUUGGGUUUGCAUUGGCCCUCCUGGAUGACACGGUGCGCUCGCGAAUCACCGCCUCUGCGCUCGCCCUUGCAUUCACCGUGGUUGACGCGCCAGCGCCAUCGCCAUCGCCCUCUGUCGCAAGCACCCAGCAGCUGAAUGCCAAUCGGCACUUGCUUACGUUAAUCGUGUCGUUGCCCGACCGGGUCGCGAACGCAGUCCGUGGCCGGGUUGAACUUCCUCAAAUUCUCGCCUCCACCGACGCCUACAUCAACCACUUGUUAGAGGCAGUCAUUCUGCCCGUUGUUACUGCGGCAGGUCUGCAAACGCUGCGUGCAAGCGUGGAAAAGCUCGCCCUUCAGAAACCCGCCUUUCAGGAUUGGCUCGCCCAACUCCGCCGACCAGAUGCGUUCGUUCCGACUUUGAGUACGAUUAAUCUGGUGGUCGAGCUAUUCUCAAGACUUGGCAAACUCGGACACUUUCGUCGCUUGUGCCCGCGCGUCGCUCCAGUCUUUACAUUGUUCUUUUCCAUCGCCUUGCAGCAAAGUGCCGCCACUUCCACUGAAUUUGCGCAACUGCAAACGCUUACUGCUCGCUUUUUCCGCCCCGUCGAUGACGCCUUAGUAAGCGCGUGUGUCUAUGCCUGGCUACUAUGCGCCGAUGAAACGGUGCUUCCUGGCGUCAAAGCUCUGCCUUGCCUGUCCGCGCUUCUCGCCUCGCAACUCUCCAACUGUUGGACGUUGCCGAAUGCGACCAUUCUAGACGCGUCGCUGCACUAUAUUAUUGUCGAACGGUGUUUGAUGGGACACCAGCCUCUGAGCGUACCCGCAUUGACGGUUCUGCUCGACGCUGUUGCUUGCGUCAAGAGCCAGCCCUUGCUGCCCCUCACCCGCCGCCUCCUGACGUACUGGGGCAUGCCAGCCACUGUCAAGCGCUCUGCGUACGACCAACACUUGCAGCUUUCGCAAGUAUUGCUACUGUGCCUAGCUCGGCUUUCUGAUGCGAUCGUAAAACCGCUGGCCUCGGAAAUUUUGGCGUCGCUGGUGGGCUCGGUGCAGACUCACCUCGAGAGCCCGCUCAUUCGGGUUCGACAGCUCGGCAUGAUCACAGCAGAGUGUUUUGCCGCGCGCCUGGCAUCGACAGACAAGCCUCUUUCCUUCCAGCAAGCCGACGACGAGCUUUCGAUCUUGCUGCGUUCGUUGGCGCAGCCGGUUGCUUCAAAGGAUGUUGUCGCCAAACUGCCAGAGCCUGACGCCUUACAAUUCAGCGAGAUUUCGUCGCAUCUUGCUCCUACGCUGCCUACUUCCUACAUUGCUUCCUCGUUCCGGCUUUUCGUGCCAAGCUCUGCCGUCGCGGCUUUGCCGACUGUUGCUGCUGCUGCUGCUGCUGCUGCCACGACCGCUACACCAACACCUUUGCAUUCUGCUCAAAAACGAAUGAUUACAGUGCUCAGCAGCACGCCAAAUCCAAACACUUCAUCCGACCCUUCCUUGGCUGCUGCAACUCCAACACUCGACGACGCAGAUUCUGCCAACGAUCUCGACGACGACGAGUUUGUACCUUACGCACUAGUUGAUCCAGCCGAUCGCGUCGAGCGAGUCGACACGGCCAAUCCAAGGCAGACGCCGUCCGUUCCGAUCGCAGACCGUCCCCAGCCUCGCGCGGCUGUCAAGCCUCCCAAAUUCUUGCGAGAUUGCGCUCAAGGAUUAAUUGCACGCGACGAUGUACCACGCGUGGAAGCCUCUCUGCAAGCUGUCGAGUCGCUUCUGACUACCAGUCCCAUGGAGCAAGACGAUGUGAGCGUUGAAAUCUGCAAAAUGCUGCUCUACCUUCACAACGAGCACAGCAUUGCCAAGUUUGAAGAGCUGCGCAUGCGUGGAAUGGUAGCUGCAUGCGUUCGCGCCCCUGCUGACGUCGCGCGGUACCUUUCUGCACAGUUCUAUGUGCGCAACCACACGCUCAGCCAACGCACAGACAUUGUGGACGUGCUCUGCAGCGCUGCGAAGGCGUUGGCGAUGGGCAAGAUGGCGGUGACUCCUUUGUCGCGCGAGUCCUUGACUGCCCAGCUCAAGACUGCCCAAGCUCAGACCAAGCGGGGCUUUGGCCGGGACGCGCUGCAACAACCACAGAUCACAUCUGUGUCACAAGAUUCGCUCAAUUCGCAGUCUUUCGUAGCUGCAGGCAAAGUGGUUCGCGCCUCCACUGCCUCGCUGAAUGCCCGCACGGCUGGCAAGGUUGUCUGGCGAAAUCGGCUCCAAAAUGUCGCUGGCUGGUUCUUUUACCCAUUGCUGGAAAAGUUUGACAGCGACACUGGCGGCAACUUGUUUGGGCUUUUGGGCAACGAAGGCGUGUUUGUGCUUGGCCGCCUUUGCCACGGACUGGGUGUGAUUAUGCACUGUGCAUCGAAUUGCACGGACGCCCCGCCCAUGGCUCGAGCGCUGAUGGCUUUUGUCUGGGCGCUGCGAGGGACGGAGCAUGCCUACGUUCGUCGUGCGCUGGUGUUUUGCGUCAACAUGGUUCUUCUGGCUGUUCCAGCGAGCAUCCUUGUCGCUGACUUGGGGACGGACUUGUACGAGACGCAGAAUUGGCUGGCUGAUAUCAUGCAACGUGAUUCAGACGACGAAUCGCGUGAUCUGGCCGUCUCGGCACUUUCGGCGCUGUUGGAAGUGCUCAAGAGCGCGCCGGGCAUGGAGGUGGGCGAUGAUUCUUAACGCGUGGCUGCAAACUUUCAAUAAUAAUAAUGUCAUG